AAUGCCAAUGCCAAUGCCUGCCCCCGUUGCUUUCACAGCAAACACUUCACCUGUAAUGACACCAAAAGGACCCGGUGCUCCCCUUCCUCCUAGCAUUAAGCUAUCUCGUCCUCAGGAUGGACAGGAGAUGAACCUUGUGGUCGAUGAUUUUGAAGUUAAUGAGGAGAGCCAUCACCAUGGCCAGCAACAUUAAGCA